UACAAAAAUUCCUCAUAGAUGCAUGUGUGUAAAGUGAAUUAAUUUAUUAAAUAUAGUUUUGUGAAAUAAAGUUUAAUCAUAUAAUUAAAUUAAAAUUGUAAAUUGUAAAGUAUUCUCUUCGAAACUAGAUUUUCUUAUAUUUUCAAUAAACUUAUGAACUCAGUAUAAUAAAGAUCUGCGUCUAUCGCAAAUAUGGCCGUCCUGUAAUGAAUCGGUGGUCAGUGAUAUUAUAGUUAUUUCAUACAAAAUGCAAAAUUUCAAAAUGGAACUACGUGUUGGUAAUAAAUACCGAUUGGGUCGUAAGAUAGGCUCAGGAUCUUUCGGAGAUAUUUAUUUAGGAACUGAUAUUGUGACUAAGAAGGAGGUAGCCAUUAAAUUAGAAUGCAAAAGAACUAGACACCCACAGCUCCACAUAGAGAGUAAAUUUUAUAAACUUAUGCAAGGAGGUGUCGGUAUCCCUAAGAUAAAAUGGUGUGGCUCGGAAGGAGAUUACAAUGUGAUGGUUAUGGAGUUGCUGGGGCCAUCUCUGGAAGACCUCUUUAACUUUUGUUCCCGACGUUUUUCUCUCAAGACUGUUCUCAUCCUUGCUGAUCAACUCAUCACCCGCAUUGAGGACAUACAUUAUAGAAAUUUUAUACAUAGAGAUAUUAAACCAGAUAACUUUCUAAUGGGACUCGGUAAAAGGGGUAACAUAGUGUACAUAAUAGAUUUCGGGUUAGCAAAGAAGUACAAAGAUCCCCAUAAUAACCAGCACAUACCAUACAGAGAAAACAAGAAUUUGACCGGCACUGCUCGAUAUGCCUCCAUAAACACACAUCUGGGUAUAGAACAGUCCCGUCGUGAUGAUCUGGAGUCCCUCGGCUAUGUUCUAAUGUACUUCAACAGAGGCAGCCUGCCCUGGCAGGGACUGAAAGCUGCUACCAAACGACAGAAGUAUGAGAGGAUAUCUGAGAAGAAGCUCUCAACACCAUUCGAUGAAUUGUGCAAAAAUCACCCGAUCGAGUUCCAGCAGUACUUGAAGUACUGCAGGCGACUUCGCUUCGAGGAGCGACCGGACUACGCCUACCUCAGACAGCUGUUCAGGAUGCUGUUCCACCGGCAGGGCUUCACCUACGACUUCGUAUACGAUUGGAACAUGCUUAAGUUUGGAGCACUGCCCGCCACGUGUCAGACAGGAGUCGCAGACCGCGCUAUACGAGCCGCCGCUCACACCAAGAAACAAGAACCGGACACUACCACUGGCGCCGGAGCCGUGGGUCACCCGAGCACCGCUGUGGCGGCCAUAUGGGAGGGACGGUGAGAGGGUUCCGCCGCGCGCCCCUCCCGCCCCUCCACCCGCACACACCGCGCGCGACACCACGAGUACCCUCCCCGGACGCCCCGCGGCCACCGCGGACACGCCGGACACCCCGCCGCAGAAGGACGGCCGGCGACACAGGCAGGUUCAGUGUUGAAAUAACUCUUAUAAACAAACUCAUCCUCAAUUAUUGUAAGACGGACUGAACUCUGCGGGUCUAUUGUACUUUAUGCUCAGUUAUAUUUAGAUUUAAUCCGUGCGUGUGUGUCGUGUGGCGUCGUGUCGUGUCGCGUCUUGUCGCGUCGUGUCGUGACGCGUCUCCCUCGCGGGGAGGGGAUGUCGGUUCAUCGACAUGAGGCCGAUUUUUCGACACUCGUUUUUAUGACGACCUCGACUGUGGAAAAUCUAUAUGAUGUACGCCAAAUAUAUGACAUCUUGUUUAAUAAUAAAUUGUUUAAGUUUAUGAUUGGUAUCGUUUUUAAUAUUUUGCUAUUACUGAUGCGAGGAACUGUUGAUACUACGACUUGUGCAAUAAUAAUUUGAAAUGAAUCAAUUGUCUUCCAUCACAGAAACGGAACUUGAUAUUUUCUGUACGUUGAGUUGUCCUUACUGUAAAUUCACCCGAAUCUUGCUUGUAACUAUCAGUUCGACACGUCCAGCCACUGCCAUAGGUUUAAUUAGAUAAGUUGAAUCUGUGAAAGCUAUUUACUUCUAUCAUUAAUGUGUAAACAGUAAACAAUCACUCAUCAGUUCUCUGGAAGACAAUGGUACUUUGACACUGACGCCCGUACAUGAAUUCUUCUAUUGCUGUUGCAACAUUUCUGAUGUAAUUCUGUCUCCUUUUUCACUUUGAUCUCAUGUUGAUUACCAAAAUCGUUUAUCUUCUUAACUUAUAAGCUAUUUAGCAUCGAUAUUAAAACGGGGCAAAGGAUAUUAAUUUGUUUAAUAAAAAAAAAUAAUAAUAAUAUUCAAAUGAUAUUUUAUAACUAGUACAUGUUCAUUAACAUUAGGAUCAGAAAUGGCAAAAUGAAAAGAUAAAAUAUUUAAAAUACAUAUACAUAUACUUAUACAUAUACAUAUAUAUAUAUAUCUCGGUGUAUAAUUGGAAUUAUUGUUUAUGAAACUUCACUACUAGGUUUAUUGUUAUAUUUAAAGGCAUAUAACUGCUUGGGAGUAACUAAAUCUGUUUAAUGAUGUUAGUGUUUGUCAUACGAUCAUUUAAUCACAUGUAACUUGUAUUUCAGUUUCAUUAAUACAUAUAUGAUUUAAAAAAAAAAACAGCAUGUACAUGUGUGGCCUAUGGUUGGUACCGGAAUAUAAGUGUAACGGUGUCCGAGUCUAAUUACUUGUAAACUUGCAAUCUGUGGAAUUAAAAAUGUAUUAUAUUAUGUAUAUGUAAAUGCUGAUUUCUCAGAUUGGAUUUGCGAUUAAUUACUAUGGAAUAGGAUCAUCUAUCUCUAAUAUGACUGAGAAUUAGGUUCAAUUUUGUGUAAAUAUUAUAUUUAAUGUAGUGGAUUUUUUUUUGUUAAUGGAUGAAUUUUUGUAUGUCAUGACUCUGUUAAGUGUCGUUUUUAAGGUAAUCCAUAAGCUAAUUAGUUGUUAAUGUCCAUUUUAUUAUUCAUGUAUAUCAAUAUAAAUGUGUGAAUGGAAAGACGAUAUUUUUUAAAACACAUCGAAAAUCCAACAGUUGUUGUGAAAAAAGAUUUGCAAGAGGAAGUUUUUUAAUUGUUCCAUAUAUAUAUAUAUAAAUGUUUGGUUUGUUUAUAGUUAAGGUUUAGUGAACAGUAUUCUUAGCAUUUUUCAUAAAUUCUAUUGAUCCUAUAUUUUGUACCUCAAUUUGUGAAUAUAAAACGGUCAUUGCUUUUAAAUUUAGAUGGAUUGUAACAUUUAAAUUUGGUGCCAAUUUAUGUAGUAUUGGCAUAAAUACUUAAAUGGACAUUGUAAUAAUGAAAAGUUGGUACAUUUUUUUAAUCCCAAAUAUAUUUUUAUGAUAUUGUUUAACUGAUACAUGUAAAGAUAGUUCGGUUAAGCUUUUUGUAUUGUCAUAAUAUGUGCUGACAGCGAUAUGACCUCGAUGGAGCUCCAAAUUUAGGGCUUCUGGCUGUUGUACAACUAGAGGGGCGAUCAAAUAGUGGAUAAGUUAGUUACAUACUGUGGAGUGCUUACUAAACGGUGUCAUCGCUUUUGAAGUUUAGUGUAUAAUCUAACUGACGGAAGACUUUAGACUUAAUUAUCUGUAAAUAAUAAUUAUAAACUCUGAUGUCUAAGUAGUAAGAUACUUAUGUAAGCCAGGUACACUGUUUUUUUACAAUAUCUUAGAUAAUUAAAUUAACUGUUAUAGUGAUAAUGUUAUAUUAUUUGGCUACAUUUAUUGAAUAUAUUUUUGAUGGUUCAGUAGCUGAAAGUCGUGAUAUAGCAUAUUGAUGGAUGAUUUCCAAUCCACUUACUUGUCUUUGGAAUUUAUCGUCUCCAGAAAUUAUCUAUGGGAGGGAACUAAACAGUAGGUGUAGGGAAUUAGAGAAAUUACAGCUUCUAUUGGAUUUAAAAAGUUAAAAAAAAAAUUUUUUUUGAGGGUAUCGGUAUGAGAGUUCCCUCCUCGAUUCGGGUGUAUUAUAUUCAAAUGUGAUUUGUAACAAUGUGUAACUCAACAUUUAGUUUACAUUGUGCUCAUUAUUUCCCGCGAUUUGUAUAGCUUAGCAUAUUAAUAUGCUUUUAUUACCUAAAAUUAUUAUGCUUGCAUUGUUUUCUACGUCCAGUAUGUAUGAUUCCUUUGGCACAAUAAACCGAAUAAAAUAA